AUGGAACAGAUUUUGCUUCUGAUUACCAUUUUUGCGAGUUUCGUUUUCUCCGGGAGAUGCAGCGUCAGCGAUGUUUACAAUUACAGCCGAAACGAUUUUCCGGAGGGUUUCGUUUUCGGAUCCGCCUUUUCUGCUUCUCAGUGGGAAGGAGCUGCUGAUGAAGACGGAAGGACGCCUAGCAUUUGGGAUACAUUCGCUCACUCUCGUGGUGGACCUAAUGGAGAUAUAGCUUGUGAUGGAUAUCAUAAAUAUAAGGAGGAUGUAAAGCUCAUGUAUGAUAUGGGUUUAGAUGCAUUACGAUUCUCCAUCUCCUGGCCGCGGCUUAUACCAAGUGGAAGAGGUCCCGUGAAUCCAAAGGGUUUACGGUUCUACAAAAGCUUCAUACAUGAGCUCAAAAGACAUGGAAUUGAACCGCAUGUUACAUUGUAUCACAAUGACCUUCCUCAGGUUCUUGAAGAUGAGUACGGAGGAUGGAUUGACCGAAAAAUCAUCGAUGACUUCACAGCUUUUGCAGACGUUUGUUUCAAGGAGUUUGGGAACGUAGUGAAGUUCUGGACAACAAUUAAUGAGCCCAAUAUGCUAGCAAUGGCGGGUUAUGACAUUGGAUCUGGACCUCCUGUGCAUUGUUCUCCUCCGUUUGGGCUUUUCAACUGCUCUAGAGGAAACUCUUCAACAGAGCCAUAUAUCGCACUCCAUAACAUGUUGCUUGCGCAUGCAUCUACAGCAAGAUUGUAUAAGACAAACUAUAAGGAUAAGCAGAAUGGAUCUAUAGGUAUAACAUGUUUUGGAUUCUGGGUGAUUCCUUUUACUAGCUCUGAAGAGGACAAGAUUGCAACUCAGAGAGCCAAAGAUUUCUUAUUAGGCUGGGUUCUGCACCCGCUCUUCUUUGGGGACUAUCCUGAUGUGAUGAAGAGAAUCGCGGGACAAAGAUUGCCAAGUUUUACGGAAGAAGAAUCACAUCUUGUUAAAGACUCGGCCGACUUCUUGGGACUCAUACACUACCGAACAACGUACAUCGAACACUCAUCCAGUUCCCUCCAUGAAGAUUAUCUUUCAGACAUGAGUGGUUUGAUAAUCCCCAUUGGAAAUUCUACAGCGGUCAAGCUUCAUGUGCUUCCAUGGGGUCUUGAAGGAGUCUUGGAAUACAUAAAGCAAAACUAUGGCAAUCCUCCUGUCUACAUUCUUGAAAACGGACGACCUACAAACCACGAUUCAUCGCUUAACGACGUGGGAAGAGUUGAAUACCUUGGUGCUUAUAUCGCUGCCGUGCUCAAUUCAGUGAGGAAUGGGUCAGAGACAAGAGGCUACUUCCAAUGGUCGUUCAUGGAUUUGUUCGAGGUUAUCGAUACCAAUUACACAUACGGUUUAUACUAUGUGAAUUUCAGCGAUCCUCAACUUAAAAGAACUCCGAAGACAUCUGCUUUUUGGUACUCUGCUUUUCUCAACGGGACACAGCAAGAGUCCAAGAACCUCUCUGUAUCUUCUUCUCCUGGUUUUGCUUCUCAGUGA